UUAGUUUGCAGAAAUGGAGGAAAAGGUGUUGAGCUUUGAGGAGGUGUCCAAGCACAAUACUACAGGGGAUUGUUGGGUUGUCAUCCAUGGCAAGGUCUAUGACGUGACCCGAUUUCUUGACGAACAUCCCGGGGGCGAUGAAGUCUUGUUAAAUGCAUCAUCAGGGAUGGAUGCAACCGUUGAAUUUGAGGACGUUUCGCACACCGAUUAUGCACGAGAAUUGAUGAAGGAUUUCUUGAUUGGGAAAAUAGAUGAAAACACUCUUCCUAAUAUGCAGAAGAAAUUCACUAGACAUGAUGCUUCUUUGAGCAACGAUUCAUCAUCCCACCUCUUGCUCUAUACCGCGCCCCUAUUCGUACUCGCAUUUGCAUUUCUUCUUCGUUACUACAACUACAACAACAACAACAACUACUAGUUUCAGGCUUCUCAUUCAUGGCUUCAUAAUAAUUCACAACAAUGGCAUUUGUACCUUUUCUUUGUGUUUUUGAUCGGGUUCAUGCAAAUAGCUAUGGUUUUUAUUAGACAGGAUGGUAUGUGGUACUAUCUAUUGAAGUGCACCUGAUACUGAGAAAGGAACUAAACAAAUUAUGAUGAUGUUUAAUCCUAUACAACUAAUUAAUUAGUAGUAGUAAUAAGAGGAAUUUUAGAUUUAA